AUGCGACAGGAUGCCAACCUAGUAGGCACGACGUUGAUCUACUGGGGGGUGGGCCGGGGAACCGGAUUGUUUGCCAGCAUUGACGACAUGAAAGAAGAAGAGGGUAAGACAGAGGACAGCGCAUUGCCCAAGUCGGGAGCAGGAGUGUGGGCCGCCACCGACAACCUCACCAUUGGAUUGUCCAACGCUGCACUUACAUAUGGCACUUUGAGAAACUGUGCAGAUGUUGACCCUGCCAGCAUUGUACUGUUCUGUCUAUAUCGGCGUCGUUUGGCCGAAAACGAGAGCGGCGACCAGCAAGGGAAAGGUCGAGGCUCCAUGAGGCCGGAUACGACGACAAUCACCAACUAG